UUUAAAAGAUUCCUAAUGGAUUUUGCAGGAGAUGAUUAUUGUGAUGCUCAUCAAGAUGAAAGUCUUGACGUAAGCAGUGUUGAACCAACAUCGUAUGAUCAAUUUUUCAUCAAAUUCGAGGUCGAAUUUCUUAGAGAACAAGAAGAUGAAGAUGAUGAUGAUGAUGAAGAACUCUAUGUGUCUCGUUUAGAAAGCAUUAUUAAAACUGGAAUAUUUCAAGAGCGAUGUGAUCGAUUGCCUCGUAAUAACUUAUCGUGGCAUAACGUUACAAGAAUGUUACAUAUAAUGGAAGUGCCGGUAGAUAGACAACCAAUGAUAUUACAUCAAAUAUGUAAUUUUGCUGAUAGAAUUGCUAAUGAACCUUAUAAUAGGAACAAGAAAAUAUUGCCAAUUAAAGUUUAUAUUAGCCUUCCUGUUAAUUACUUAAUUGAAGAAAAUGAAAGUAGUGAUGUGACAAUUCGUCCUGCUAAUGAAUUGGUUGAACAAGAUUUGGAGAAAGUGAAAAUUGAAGAAUCAGAAUUGGGGAGUGAUUUUGUAUGUGUGAUAUGUAUGGAAAAGAUGGAAGUUGGAAGUGAAGCAACAAAAAUGCCUUGUUCUCAUGUGUAUCAUGGGAAUUGUUUGAUGAAUUGGUUAGGGGUAAACAGGGUUUGUCCAACUUGUCGGUUUGUGUUGCCAUCUUAAUUCGUAAAUAGAGGCAGAUCUAAAAUUUGAAGUUUAAUUGACUUUCGUUGUAAGGUUAAACUUUUUUUAUUUUGUUUGUUUGUACUAGGUCUUGCUAAUUUGUUGUUUUGUUUUGCUCUCUUGAUCUGCAUUAAAGGCGAAUUCAGAAUGUAGACUUCAAUUAUUUAAGAAAGUUGUACGGAUGUUUUAGUUUGGUCUUUUUGUGCA